UUUAUGUUAAAAAUAGCUUACCUUUUGUUCUGGUAGGUAGGCAACUAUACCUAUACUCUUUGGUUCAGUUUGUAAGUUUAGUUUAUUAGUCUGAAAACGCAAAAAGAAUAUAUUUUACCGUACAAUUAUAAAUAAAUAAAUCGAGAAAGCAUGUUUCCACAACACUACUUCAUUGGUUUGUAAAUAGUCCACAUUUAAAUAUUGCUUAGAACGAUGUGAGCCAUCACUCAGAUACACGAUCUUUGUGUGGAUGCCCUGGCUGCUCUCAUGCCUGCUGUGGUAUCUGACUCCGGGAGGAUGGACGCUGUGUCGUCGGGUUUGGCGGCCAUGCCGGCUUCACCGUGUCCAGCCUGCGCCGCGGAUUCAGAGGACGACAUGGGGAGGAGGGGGACGCAGACCUUCAACCAGAUGCACAUGAGGAAAGCUUUCCAGCUGAUGAACGAGCUCAGGAGCAAAAAGACGCUGUGUGACGUCCAGCUGGUGGCGGGGAGUGUGGAGGUGCCAGCUCACAGGGUGGUCCUGGCCUCCUGCAGCCCCUACUUCUGCGCCAUGUUCACAGGUGACAUGAGUGAGAGCAGAGCCCAUCAGGUGGAGAUCAGAGAUGUGGAUGGACACACCCUGAGCAAGCUGAUCGACUACAUUUACACAGCGGAGAUCGAGGUCACCGAAGACGACGUGCAGGUGCUGCUUCCAGCUGCCAGCCUCCUCCAGCUGAUGGACGUCCGUCAGGUUUGCUGCGAGUUCCUGCAGGCGCAGCUUCACCCCAGCAACUGUCUGGGCAUCAGAGCCUUCGCCGACCUGCACACGUGCACGCAGCUGCUCAGCCAGGCCGAUGCAUAUGCCGAGCAGCACUUCAGCGAGGUGGUCCAGGGGGAGGAGUUCCUGAGCCUGUCCCUGCAGCAGGUGUGCAGCCUCAUCGCCAGCGACAAGCUCACCGUCUCCACUGAGGAAAAGGUUUUUGAGGCCAUGAUAACCUGGAUCAAACACAACAAACCGGAGCGUCUGCAGUACAUGCCCACACUGAUGGAGCACGUCCGACUUCCUCUGCUGUCCAGAGAUUACCUGGUGCAGAUUGUUGAGGAGGAAGCCUUGAUAAAGAACAACAACACCUGCAAGGACUUUCUGAUUGAAGCCAUGAAGUAUCACCUGCUGCCGGCUGACCAGCGGCACCUCAUCAAGACCGACCGGACGAGACCGCGGACUCCUGUCAGCAUCCCCAAGGUGAUGAUCGUGGUGGGGGGGCAGGCCCCCAAAGCCAUCCGCAGUGUGGAGUGUUACGACUUCCAGGAGGAUCGCUGGUACCAAGUGGCCGACCUGCCGUCCAGACGCUGCAGGGCGGGCGUGGUUUCCAUGGGAGGCCGCGUGUUCGCAGUCGGGGGCUUCAACAGCUCGCUGCGAGAACGGACGGUGGACGUGUACGAUGGUGCCAAGGACCAGUGGGAUUCUGUGGCGAGCAUGCAGGAACGCCGCAGCACCCUGGGAGCCGCGGUGCUGCAGGACCUCCUGUACGCCGUGGGCGGUUUUAACGGAAGCAUAGGUCUGUCGACUGUGGAGGUUUACAACCACAAAACCAACGAGUGGCUGUAUGUGGCGUCCAUGAACACGCGGCGCAGCAGUGUGGGCGUGGGGGUGGUUGAUGGUAAGCUGUAUGCAGUGGGGGGGUACGAUGGAGCGUCGCGACAGUGUCUCAGUACGGUGGAGGAGUACGACCCGGUCUCCGAUCAGUGGUGCUACGUGGCUGACAUGAGCACACGGAGAAGUGGAGCAGGCGUCGGCGUGCUGGGCGGCCUGCUGUACGCCGCAGGAGGUCACGACGGCCCUCUGGUGAGGAAGAGCGUGGAAGUGUUCGACCCCCAGAGCAACACGUGGAGGCUGGUCUGUGACAUGAACAUGUGUCGACGGAACGCGGGCGUGUGCGCCGUAAACGGACUCCUGUACGUGAUCGGAGGAGACGACGGCUCCUGCAACCUCUCCUCUGUGGAGUUCUAUAAUCCCGCCACAGAUAAGUGGAGCCUCAUUCCAACCAACAUGAGCAACGGCCGCAGCUACGCAGGGGUGGCGGUGAUCGACAAGCCGCUCUGACCCGGGGCGCCGCCUGCAUCCACCCUUCAGACGUCUGACUGAAGCUCCACGUCGCCCGAUCGAAGCUGCAGCUCCAAUUUUGGGGGCUUUGAUGUGACCUCCUAGGAGGAUGCUGCUGUGGUGCAGCGGCAGGACUUGAGACUUUCUCCAAAUGCCAAGCACAUACAGCUGACCAGCUGGACCUGGAAGGUGGGGGUCAGGCGGAGCUCCCGGACCAACAAUCAUGACGGUGCGAGGCUAACCUGGACACAUGUCGGCAGCGCUGGCUCGUGAUUGGCUGACACAGGAACAGGAAACCCAAACGAAAACAUGCCAACUCAUCGCUCUGCUCCAUCUGGGAGGAAAGCUGAGGUUCUGUUUGCUCUGAUGACCUUCAUGACCACUGAGGAGCUGAAGCUCUGAUCCGUUUGCACUGAGCGCUGCAGACCGACCGGCUGCUCCUGCCUGUCUGAGCCGCUGACCUGCUGUCAGUUUUUAACCUGAGAGGCCAAAACUGAAGACGCUUUUAAUGCUGAGUCACAGUUUUUUAUUUUUUUGUCAAAGUGCACUGUACAGGAUCAGCUGUAAAGAUUCUGACCGUAUUUAUUGUUUCUGUUAAACUGAUUCCAUGUAUCUGUUCAUAUAAAGAAACUCUUUAUUAUUUUU